UUGGGCUUGACGCCAUGAAGGCUAAAGAAUAAAAAAUAUAUUAAUUAAAGGCAAUAUUGAAAUUUUAAAAAAGUAGAAAGACUUAAUUCAAAUUAAAUUAGUUUUUUAAAUAUGACUCAAUAUCUUCCGCCGAAUUUAUUGGCACUUUUUGCACCUAGGGAUCCAAUUCCUUACUUGCCACCAACAGAUAAAUUACCUCAUGAAAAAAAGUCUCGUGGAUAUAUAGGUAUCGGAGCGUUUGCAAAUGAAUUUGAGGAUCCCAAAGAUACCCCUCCUCCGACGAGGGUCGAAACUCGAGAAGAGCGUUUGGAAAGGAGGCGUAGAGAAAAAGCCGAACAGGUAGCAUAUAAGCUUGAACGAGAAAUUGCAAUGUGGGAUCCAAAUCAAGUUGGAGAAGCAACAGAAGAUCCUUUUAAAACCUUAUUUGUUGCUAGAAUUAAUUAUGACACAUCUGAAUCAAAAUUACGUCGUGAAUUCGAAGUAUAUGGACCUAUUAAAAAGAUUAUUAUGAUUCAAAAUUCUGAAACUGGAAAACCAAGAGGUUACGCUUUUAUCGAAUAUGAACAUGAAAGGGACAUGCAUUCUGCUUAUAAACAUGCAGAUGGCAAAAAAAUUGAUGGUAAACGUGUUUUGGUUGAUGUUGAAAGAGCUCGUACAGUUAAAGGUUGGCUCCCUCGCAGAUUAGGUGGUGGACUUGGUGGUACACGUAGAGGUGGUGCUGACGUGAAUAUUAAACACUCUGGUAGAGAAGACAACGAAAGGGAACGUGAAAGAUAUCGCCUCGAAAGAGAACGGGAAGAUAGAAGAGAGAGAGAUCGUGACAGAUUUGAACGGCGUAGAUCAAGAUCCAGGGAUAGAAUUGAUCGAAGAGAACGUGAAAGAUCUCGUCAUCGAAGUAGAUCAAGAGAGAGAAGAAUAAAACGAAGAAGCAGAGAUCGGGAUGAAGACUAUGAAAGGAGAGAAAGACGAGAACGUGAAAGAGAAAAGGACAAGAAAAAGAAACGUUCUAAAUCACGUGAGAGAGAUCGCGAUAGAGAUCGCGACCGUUCUGAAAAGAAACGUGAAAAACGUGAUAGAGAUCGUGGAGACAGAGAUCGGGAAAAGAAAGAAAGAAAACCAGAAUUCCGUGAGGGUGAUAUUAAAAUUAAAGAAGAACCAAUUGACGAUUAUCCUGAUUAUUCGGCGCAAAUUAAUUAUCAACAAACUUCUAUCAAAUAUGAAAAUGAAGAUGAAGAAAAAUAUAGACCAACUGAAAUUGAAAGAGAUCGUGAACGUGAAAACGGACAAAAUUAUGAAAAUGCAGGCGAAGGAUGGUGGCGUUAAACAAAUGAAAUUAAAAAUAAAUGAAUUAGUGCUAAAGUUAACCCGAGACUAGGACAAAAAAGUUACAUGUGUGUAUUUUAAACGUUUUCAAAUUGUAUAGAGGUUAUUAUACGGAAAAUUAUAGAUAAACAAGAAAUUAAUUUGAUCGUGAUUUAAUUAAGAAACUUUUUACUUUACCAAUGUAUGUUAGCGCUAGUUAAACAAAUUAAAAAGUAAAACCAAUUGUUUACAUUUUUAUUUUCCAUUGAAAACAAAUUAUAAUAAUAUAAUUUUUUUAAUAAACUUAAUCUUCAUAAGUAAACAAAU